ACAAGAAGAAUGAGCAAGAAACUUGUGUGUUGCUCUUUUAAAUAAAUAUUGAUUUACUUAUAUUUAAUUAACAACAAGAAUUAGGCAUGCGACAAUCAACAUAGAAACCGCUACCCACUUAAUCUCUGUUCAAUCAGAUAACAUUGUCAGCGCUAUAAAUUUUAAGUUAAAUAUUUUCUACAAAAACAUUAUUAUCAUUUAUAAAUUCUUCAAUUUUAUAAUAAGCUUUUUUACAAAGAAAAUAUUUUAUAACACAUUUGAAUUUAUAUUAUUAUUUUUAUAUGUUAAUUGUAUUGAUAAGAAACUAACGGUGCACCUAAUAGUGAAUGGUAAACGUGUCGCCACGUAAUCACGUCGUUAUGUGAGGAUGAUGUUUCUAAGAACCAGGGCAGACUAGAGAACUAGUUUAGAGGCACCGCAUUGGCCAGAGGUCCUGGAUGUGUUCUUAAGAAAUAAAAUAUGAUUGACUGAAAAAUUUCUUGGAAAAUAUGUACUCUCAUUGAUAAUAGGUGUUGGAUUAUUGUUUUUUAAGGCGUGCUUUCGGUGUUCUAGUAUUGGGUAGUAGAACUUUGGUAAAAUUAAAAGUUUCACAUCCUUACAACAAAUUGAAAAGAGCAGAUGACUUUAAACGGCUGAAAUACCCUGUUUAAAAAAUUUGGUAUAUAUUGAUAGGAUAUAGUUCUAUAAUAAACAGUAUUUUCUAGCAAUGGGGCCGUAGUCCCCGUGACUCACAAUUCCCUUUCCCCUAUUUGUAAUUAUGUUCUUUUAUAGAAAAAUGAAUAAUAGCCGCGAAGAUAAUCGUAGUGAGAGAAGAGAAGAUAAUGACAAUGGGUUCGGGUGGUGGACAGGCCUUGGAGCGGCAACAGCAGCUAUAGCCGGAGCAACUUAUUUAUUCAGUCGAAGUAAUAAUUCUGAGUCCAGCGCCGGAAUUAGCCACCAUCGUACUCAAGAAAAUAGCCAGGAACGGCGGACAUCAUAUUUACACGAUCUUCUAGAACGAGUAGAUAUAAAUGAAGAGAACGCCGUACCGGCAACACUAAUGACGAGAAGAAAUGUAUCAGGUGACAUUCCAGAUAAUCCAGUAAUUAAUAACUUGGACUCAUUAUUAUCAGAUUUGUAUGUGAGAUUCAUAGCGCUGAGAGACGACGACUUUCAAUUGCACUACAGAGUAUUUAAUUGUAUAUUUUCUACUAUUCAUAAAAAUAUGAAGGAAGUUGAUUCAUAUUUUAACCGCUACUCUAGUACAGCACAGGCGGCGGGUAGUCACUAUGACAGAUUGCGUAUCAAGAAACCUGAUGAAUUCGAUAUGGAUAUCGUCAUUGAUCUCCCGCUUAAUAUGAAAGAAGAUCGCCUUAGCCCUGGAAAUAGUGAUGUUGUACUGGAACCUUCAAGUCAUGGUUAUAUUCAACUAAAAAUGGGCACUCAAUACCAGAUGUUGCCUUACAGAGACGACUGGCAAAUCCAUAAAACGCUAUAUAAAUGGAAGGAUGUAGACAAUUACUUGCUUAGAGACAAGUUUAGUGACUGGUUCAAAGGUAUUACGGAUAAGGCUUUAAAUAAAUUUGAAAAAAAUAAUAAUUAUACAAUUAUGGUAGUGGAUAGGAUUACAUAUAUAAUCACUACCUCUAAGUCAGGACCUGCUAUAACUUUGAAAAUAAGUGACCCUGUCACUGAUUUCAAAAUGUCCAUUGAUAUAGUACCUGCAUUACGAUUUCCUGAGGAGCGUUGGCCAGUUCAUAGUGAUUACCGUGACAUACCACCGGGGUGUUCGGUUGGGGACUAUGGAUGGAUGGUCGUGCCCAAGCCGGCCAGCAGUGGCGAAAGCUCCCGCUCUUGGCGUUUAGCCCUUCACAACCAGGAGAGGAAACUCUUUUAUAACACUUACAAUUUGCGGCAGACUGUGCGUUAUUUAAAAAAAUUACGGGAUGCUCAAGAAAUGAAUGAAAUAGCGAGUUAUUAUGUGAAGACAUUAUUCUUCUGGGAGGUUAUACAGCAGCAAUCAGAGGAAAGAUUUUGGAAUCAGCCUUUAUCUAAACUAUUCAUAAUAAUGGUGAAGAAGUUCCAGCAAGCAUUGGCAAACAGAAAUAUUCCCUAUUUCUGGAACAAGAACCAUAAUCUUAUCGACGGCGUUGCACCUAACGUGGUGGCAGGUUACGCUAACAAGCUGAAGAAACUUGUCGUCAUACUGGACGAUCCCACUAGGUACAAAGAGGUCGCCAUAUAUCUAUUGACUAUUGACGAAUAUAACUCCUACAAGUCUAUAUUGUUUAAAUAGACCAAUUAGUAUACAUUUAUUCCUAAUAUUUUAAGUAAUUUUUCUAUUAUUUUAAUUAUACUCGCAAUAAA